GGUUGUUGGGUUCUGUCCACAUACAGUCCACUCACCUCAGUCUGAGUACAAAUCAAAAUGGCACAGGCUCUUCUCUUUAUUCUGAUGAGUACACUUUUCUACAAAGCAAAUUCCCUGACCUGUUAUCAAUGCAUACCCGAGACAUCAGUCAAAUGUACCGAAACUAAAGUGGAGUGUGCUGUCGGUCAGUGUGGGACCAUGAAAACCACAUCUUAUUUGGGUAACGACAAGUUGGCAGACAUGAUUAUGAAAAACUGCUCUUUAACUCAACAAUGUGUGACCGCAUCUGUAAACUUAGGGGUUAUAAAAGCAGUCAUCAGCAACCAGUGUUGUAAUACUAACCUGUGCAAUAACCAGAGCGAACCAGAACCACCAAAAAAUCUCCAAAAUGGUAUAAUGUGCUACACUUGCAACGGAGAGGACUGCACUUCAACUUUAGCUUGUGUUGAUGGUGAAGAUCACUGUAUCAAAGCUACAGUUGAGGCUGAUGGAAAGAUAAUGAAGAUGAGAGGAUGUGCCACCAAAAGUUUCUGUAAAGGUGACCUUUCCACACAGAUUGUCCAGUCCACUGUAACAAGGGGCCUGAGCUGCUGUAGAGGAAAUCUUUGUAACAGGGCUACAGUUGUCAGUCAGCACGGUUUGAUUCAAAUAGGCCUGCUGAUCUUUGCUAUUGCAAAGGCAUCAUUUUAAACUUUGUCAUGGUUUUUAUAAAGCAUCAGUUCUAACGUUACAAAUGUUUAAGUUUCUGCAUUGUUAGGGUGUUCCUAAAUGUUUGUUAAUUGCUCUUCUGCAUACACUUUAAAAAUAGAGAACAGGAGCGUUGGUGUAUUUGUUAAGGCUUUUGUAUUUAAUUUGUAUUUACUAAAGGAUUUAUUACUGGUUAAUUGAAAAACAUUAUCUGAAUAAUCAACAGUUGCCGUAGCCUACUUUAUUUCUUUAAUAUAUUUAAAUAA